AUGGAAGAGCAUUCUAUUGAUGCGGACCUCCAUCACGCCUCUAAUGUGAGCACACCUGACCGCAGCAACAGCUCCGCCGACACAUUGCCAAAUGCGAACAGCUUGCAAAGCCGACUGGAUCUUCUCCUCUCUGUCAUCACCGAAGCUGAUGAUCUGCCAGCUCAGCAAGCUCGAGAUGAUGCUAGGCCCAGUAGCUCAGCAUCUAGUAUGGUACCACACAAAACGCCGCUACAAGCUUUCCUGCAUUGCAAAGAAGAUUUCCCACUAUACUACACGCAGCGUAAGAAGACAGCUGUCAGCUCACCGCCGCAUGUUCAGUCAUUGCAUACGAAGGACCAUGCUCUCGUUGAUGGUGCUGAUACCACUCCCGGCACUUCUCCCGGUGCCAGCCAGUCUGCGAGACAGAGGAUGCUUCUAGUGGAGAUGGGGAUCGGGGCAAGCGACCACGGCGAAGCAAGGAUCCCCAAGCACGAUGCAGGCCUCAAGGCCUACAAUGUCCAUUCUACAUAG